AUGAGUCAUUGGACAAAAAAAGACACUAAACAGAUCAUUUUUUCUCCCGAUUAUAUCACGACUGCAAGGAAACUCAGAAUGAAUGAUACAACAGAUGACGAACUAAUAAAAAUCGACGACUGUAUUGACACGUGGUCUUCACGAAUGGCAAGUGCAAGUGAUUUUCAACGUUUACACAAUGCAAUUUCAACUAAUCUAACUAAGAUUAGUAACAAUGCAACGGAUCUCGAAAGACUCGUCCAGAAAUUGGGUACGCCCGAAGACAGUGAACAAUUGCGUGAUCGAUAUCACCGUCUACAAAAUGAAACAAAAACUUUAAUGCAACAAACUAAUGAUGCAUUACAAGAACUCAAUAAUACACGUGUAUUAACCGAAGCCGAUCAGAGACGUAAAAAAACACUGACUGAAAAUUUGCCAAAACAAUAUUUAGCAACGUUAAAUCGUUUUCAAGAAGCACAACGUCUCGGAGCACGAAAAGAAAAGGAAAGUCUUGAUCGUGCACGUGCGAUAUCAUUCCGUCAACAAGGAAUAUCCGAUUCACCAUUCGCCGACAAUUUCGUCCCCAUGCCAACAUAUGAUCCUUUACAACAGCAAGCCGUUCUACCCAUUGAACAAGAAGUGGAUAUGAGAGCACUACGCGAACGUGAUGAACAAUUACGAGAACUUGAAACAAACAUUGUUGAAGUCAACGAAUUGUUCAAAGAUGUGGCUAAGUUAGUUCACGAGCAAGGUGGUGUUAUCGACUCUAUUGAUCAACAUAUAAUCAACACGGAAGUAAAUGUAACACAAGGAAAUCAGCAUUUAACCAAAGCUAUGACCUACCAGGUUACUUUUCCUAUCGAAAUAUCUUGCAAUUACAUUUGUUUUCUCGUUUUGAUUUUCUCCAGAGUUCUGCAAGACGAAAGAAAGUCAUAUUAUGAUACAAUGAAAGACAUGGCAUUCGUACUCAUCACCAAUGUUCCAUAUGUAUUAUCAUCAUGA